UGUUUUCAUUGCGACGGUUCACGUUUUGGUUCGGUCCUCGUGGUUCGGUGCGAUUUUCCGCGUUCGCGAGUGUCUGCCGGGUCGGUUUCCGCCGGAAAAGUAUGGCCAUGGCCGUGGCUGCGGAGUCGCGAGUGAUGCCACUGGUAGUGAUUCUCGGUUCGACCGGAACGGGCAAAACGAAACUCUCGCUCGAGCUGGCAAGCCGCUACGGAGGGGAAGUUAUCAGUGCCGAUUCGAUGCAAGUAUACCGUGGUUUGGACAUUGUGACAGCGAAAGCGACCAAAGAGGAACAGUCGCAGGCUCCGCACCAUCUGCUGGACGUUGCCACACCCGAUCAGGCCUUCACGGUGAUCCACUUCCGGGAGAUGGCUCUGCCGAUUAUCGAUCGAUUGCUGGAGAGUGGCCGGAUGCCGAUCGUGGUCGGCGGUACCAACUACUAUAUCGAGAGCGUCCUCUGGCAGGUGCUGGUCGGAGGCGGUGGCAAUGGUGGUGGAAGUGGUGGUGCCGUCCGGAAGGAGCGUGUCCGCCGUCGCGCAGACAGCACAAGUGAGACCAUAAAUCAGCAGAAGAGAGUGAAAUUAGCAACCGAUUACGAGUCAGACGAUCGUAGCGCGAGUGGCGGCGGCAUUUCAGGGCCAUCUCGCGGCGGUGUCUGCGAAGAUGGGGUCGGGACGGGAUCGCGGAAAAAUGUGCAAAUCGUCGGUCAUCAGUGCGUGAAUGAUGAUGAUGAUGAUGACGACGAUAAUCGAGUGGAAGAAGAUGAGCGGUACGCAGAUGCGCUAGAAAAUGAAAGUGGCCCCCUGUUCGGAGGAUCGGCGAAGAACGAGAUCGAAGCGAAGAAAGUGCGUCGGGGUAGUGAAGAUGAUGGUGUCGCCGAGAAGGCUGAAGAUCGCAAAGUUGAGGGGGGAAAAUAUGAAGAUGCAGCAGCAGCAGCAGAAGCAGCUGCAGCUGCUGAAGUAGAUAAAGUGUUGCUAAUGACGACCGAGGAAAUGGAGCAAGUUGAGUCGCCAGUGCUGCAUCGCGUGCUGCGUCGAGUUGACGAAGUAACCGCCGAUCGGCUGCAUCCCAACAAUAAGCGGAAAAUUGUCAGGGCCCUCGAAGUCCUCCAACAGGAACGCCAACCGCUGAGUCGCAUCCUAGACGAGCAGCGGGGCCAGGCUGGCGGUUGCAAUCUGGGCGGUCCCCUGCGCUACCGUAACGUGGUGAUAUUUUGGCUACGAUGCGAACAGGAAACGCUGAACUCCCGGUUGAGCGCCCGUGUGGACUCGAUGGUCGCCCAAGGUCUGCUCGCUGAGAUUCGCACCUUCUCGGAGCGCUACGUGAAGCCCUACGAAGACAACGAGUACCAUCGGGGCAUCUUGCAGAGCAUCGGAUUCAAGGAGUUCGUUGAGUACCUGGACAGAUACGACGCCGCCCACGACCAGCUUAUCACGGAGUACAUCCGAGGGCAGCAGGAGGCACCGACCGGAGAAGAGGAUCGACGUCCCGAGGGAUUGCCGCUGUUGGAACGGUGCCUGGACAAUCUGAAGCUGGUGACGCAGCGCUACUCGAAGAAACAGAUUAAAUGGAUAAAUCAUCGAUUCCUGGCGAACGCACGGAGGGAGGUCCCUCCGAUCUACGCCCUGGACACAACCAACGUUACGCAGUGGGCCUCGAACGUAUCCACCCGGGCGUAUCAAGUGAUCGAUGCCGUUCUUGCCGGUGUGCCUCCCCCCAUCACCCCGGUACCCAGGUUCGCAAACCCCCGAGAAGGUUUGAACGAGGAAACUUCCUUCCACUGCCAGGACUGCCAGCGGACCAUAGUAGGCGAGUACCAGUGGCAGUUGCACAUGCGCUCAAAUAAACACAAAAAGUGCGUCCAGCGGAAGUUCAAAACGCUGCAGACGAUGGCCGCGACGGUGACAGCGCCAUUACCGGCCGAGAGACCCACAAACACUGCCGAAACCGUGCCAUCCAUUCAGGUUAGUGAGCUCAAGGAAUAAAGUGUGCCGGUUGCGUGCAGAAAAUGUGUUCGAGACUUGUGUUUGUGCCGAAAUUCCUUACCUUUCUUUGGGAAAAUUAAACAAUGGGUUUGAAUUUAUGAUGUAAUGAUUUUAUAUAUAGCUUCCUUUUGAAUU